GCCAGGCGCUCCCUCUCCCCGAAUUCAGACAGUGGCUUCCUGCCAGGCAUAUCCAACGGUGAGACCGACGUAUACGCCGAAAGCCGAAGUGGCGGUGACUCCUCCACCGCCGUAUUCGGCAGUGAAUCCGACUCCGGCGAUGUCGAGUCCAGCUCCAAUGAAUUCGGAUCUGCAGCAGAGGCUAACGGCGCUGGAGCAGCAGGUCCUGGAGCUGCGGAAACCCAUGGAGCGGCAGGGGGAGCUGCAGCGCCAGGUGGCCUCCCUGACGCAGACGGUGCAUCGCUUGAGCGCGGUGAGCUGUUCGCAGGUUCGGUGCAGCUGCCCAGAACUGAAGCAGAUCCUGGGCCUUACCUUGCAAGAGCUGGAGAAGCUGAGCAGGAGGGUCAACGAGGCUUGGGAUCGCUCUGCCGCCAGCUCUAUCAAGCAGAUCCAAGAGUUGCAACACCUCACUGCCUGUCUGCCGCGAGGCGAGCCGGGUGCUGAGGACGGGCGCGAGUCAGAGGCGACCUGUAGCCCGAUCAUCAGGCCUGAGGAGGACGAGGCGCAAGGUUCUCCGUGGAGACGUCUCUCCAGCGACGCUACCUGUCCAGGUGACAUGAGUCAAGACCUGGGGGACGGCGCUGCAGGGGCGGCUGACACGACGUUCGGAAGGACCCCGCUGCAAAACAGCGCUUCCAGGCACCGAAGGGUGGGGGUUUUGGAUUUCCGGGGCCGUUUUGCCAAGUGAUCUGAGUCAAACAAAGCGGCCAAGGUUGCGAUUGGGCCGUCGGUCC